GGGAUCCUUUAAGAGGCGGGGCUUGGCCGCCAGCCCCGCGGCCCGGGCAAAAGGCUGGGACUUUACUCCCGCGGCGGAGAACGAGCCCGUGCUCCAUCAGCUGCCGCAACCGCCGCGCCCCGAGCCGGAACCACGAUGAGCGGCAGAGUCGGCGAUCUGAGCCCCAAGCAGAAGGAGGCACUGGCCAAGUUUCGGGAGAAUGUCCAGGAUGUGCUGCCCACCCUGCCGAAUCCAGAUGACUAUUUUCUCCUGCGCUGGCUCCGAGCAAGAAACUUCGACCUGCAGAAGUCUGAGGCCAUGCUCCGAAAGCAUGUGGAGUUCCGAAAGCAAAAGGACAUCGACAACAUCACGAGCUGGCAGCCUCCAGAGGUGGUCCAGCAGUAUCUGUCAGGGGGCAUGUGUGGCUAUGACCUGGACGGCUGCCCCAUCUGGUACGAUGUCAUUGGACCUCUGGAUGCCAAGGGGCUGCUCCUCUCAGCCACCAAACAGGACUUGCUCAAGACCAAGAUGCGGGACUGUGAGCGGCUCCUGCAGGAGUGUGUCCGCCAGACCGAAAAGGUGGGGAAGAAGGUGGAGACCGUCACCCUGAUUUAUGACUGCGAGGGGCUUGGCCUCAAGCAUCUCUGGAAGCCUGCGGUGGAGGCCUAUGGGGAGUUUCUCUGCAUGUUCGAGGAAAACUACCCUGAAACGCUGAAGCGUCUUUUCAUUGUUAAAGCCCCCAAGCUGUUUCCUGUGGCCUAUAACCUCAUCAAACCCUUCCUGAGUGAGGACACGCGCAAGAAGAUCAUGGUCCUGGGGGCAAACUGGAAGGAGGUUUUACUGAAAUAUAUCAGCCCUGACCAGCUGCCUGUGGAGUAUGGGGGCACCAUGACUGAUCCUGAUGGAAACCCCAAGUGCAAAUCCAAGAUUAACUAUGGGGGUGACAUUCCCAGGAAGUAUUAUGUGCGAGAUCAGGUGAAACAGCAGUAUGAGCACAGUGUGCAGAUUUCUCGAGGCUCCUCCCACCAAGUGGAGUAUGAGAUCCUCUUCCCUGGCUGUGUCCUCAGGUGGCAGUUCAUGUCAGAUGGUUCCGACAUCGGUUUUGGGAUUUUCCUGAAGACCAAGAUGGGGGAGCGGCAGCGGGCAGGGGAGAUGACAGAGGUGCUUUCCAACCAGAGGUACAAUGCCCACCUGGUUCCUGAGGAUGGGACCCUCACCUGCACUGAUCCUGGCAUCUAUGUCCUGCGGUUUGAUAACACCUACAGCUUCAUUCAUGCCAAGAAGGUCAGUUUCACUGUGGAGGUCCUGCUUCCAGACAAAGCCUCAGAAGAGAAGAUGAAACAGCUGGGGGCAGUCACCCCAAAGUAAUGCCUUCCCACAGCAGGCGUGGCUCCCAGUGUCUCCCUGUCGGUUUCUGUCCCUUGUAACAGUCGUUUUCCCAGUACCCAGAUGCCCAAAAAAGCUGGGCUACAAGAAAGAACUUGGGCUGGAUUUGGGGAACUUUCAUUUCAGAAUUAGGAAGAGGGGGAGCAGCAGGAGAGGGUCUCCUUGCCUCUCAAAUUACUCAGGAGUCCCCAGGGGCUGGGCACCAUGAUAGGAUCUACCAUCCUAUAAGCUGUGCCAACUUCACCUGUCCAGUGAGAGCUGAGACAGGAAGGGAUGGGGGGGGGGGAAGAUGCAGGUGGCAGCAGGGCAGAAAUUAGAAAAGUGGGGAGAGAUUGAGACCUAACACUUCAGGGAAGCCAGCUGUAGGGAACUUGCUCCCAAAUGAAAAUGUUAAGUCUAGAUCAUUAUGAGGAGUAGCAAGGUAGCAGGUUGCUAGAGUUAUGGUGGGGGUCAAAGUCUCUUCUAAACUUUCUAUCUCCAAGGCUGGGACCUUUUGGCUUUUCCCACCAGGUUUCAGGGAUGGCCUGAGUCAGUAUAGCUCUUCCCACUCAGGGGUAGACAGGGAGGCCACCUCAAGACUUAUGCAACUCUUGGGACCCACUGGCUGUCUCUUUAAUUACUGAUUGUCAGUGACUCAGAGCUUCUCAGGACAGAGAUUUGGUACCGAGCCACUGUCCUCCAACGCAAAGCACAGAGAAAUUACCUCCAGGGAUCCCAGCUCCAGGAUGGGCCCAGGACGCUAAGGGUGGGAGUGAAUCCUGAGGCUUCCAACCCCCCUCCCCCUUUUCAGUGCUGUCAGCCUCUCAUCAAGUAACUCUCCAUUUGAGAACCCCACACAAAAAUGACAAGUGGGGGAUCAAGACAGUAGAUCUCAGUGAAGACCUUCCCAGUCUGAGUCUCCCACGGUGCCGGCCAGCCCGCUUCCUGACUGACCUCAGCAAGGCUUUGGCAGUCCCAUCUCUGUGGGAGGCGUAUGGCUGGUGCACUGGGUUCCUGGUGUCUGGCGGGGAGGCUGCCCGGGCAGGAGGCCAAAGGCCGGGCCUGCAUCUGGGGGCAGCCACGAAUAGCCUCGCAGGCCCCCAGCCUCGCCGUCCACAGUGACAAGCAGGGAUGGCCAAGGGGGCGCUCAGCGACCACGGACUGCAGGGCACGGACCCUGCGGGCAACCACAGCCCGUAACCCAACGCCACGCCCCGCAAACGAACACUGGAAAGCGCCCCCCGCCCCUCCCCCGGGCCCUCGCAGGAACUCCUUUCCCUCCGAGAGCCAGGCCCCCUGGCCCAGCGUGGGGAGACGGUCUGGGGAGGCUGAGGAAGGAGAAGGGGCAAGGCUGGCGCUGGCGAGCGCAGCCUGAGGCUGCGCCGGCACCAGCCACACCGCUUAGGAGGGAUCAUCCCAACCUUGGUUUACAGCGCUCUGUUAGGAAAAUUAACCAAUGAAUAAAGCAACGUUCAGUGCACAGGGAGUGGAAGUCAAUGCCCACCGCCUCGCUCCUCGCUGCCCCUCACUCAGAAUGACAAAAUUUACGUCUCAGGAACACCACCUAGUCGCCCAUAGGUGGGGCGCGUGCGCAGAAGCCACCCGCUGCUCCCCUCUAGCGCGCUUUCCCAUGGGGCCCAACGGCCAGCUUGCUUCCCGAUUGGCUCAGCCGAUGGGCUGUCUUCCGCCAUCUUUGUUAAGGGCACCAAGGGGCCUCCGGGCCGCCUUCAAGGUCUGGGCGGAGGCCCCGCCCCACUCGCUUUCUGGAUACGUGCGGGAAGGUUCUAGCGCGCUGAUAUGUGCGCGUCCGGGGAGAACGUGCAACGCCUGCGGUGGGCACAGAGUGGGAGGGAAGCGGACGAGCGACGCUCACGUGGUGCUAGGGACCGUCUCUUAAUUCUGCGCCAGCACUACUGGUGUUUCCGGAGCUAGAGAGCGCUUUUGGUCCCGAGCCCAGCUUCCCGAAAGGUCACCGCUGACCCGGCUGCCCUACACGACCAUAGAAUGACAGAGACGCCCAGGGCUGAGCCAACGGCCUUUAUUUCCUCCAUCUUUAUUUGAUGAUAAUAAAAAAGCUAAUUCUUUAAAAUGAGCGCCUUAAAAAAUAGUAAAUAAAUAAUAAAUGAAUGAAUGAAUGAAUGAAUGAAUGAGCGCCUACUGGGUACCACGCAACAACCCUGUGCUUACGGCCCUGGGUUGUUGCAGAGUUUCAAAGAAAUAAUACGUGCAAAGCACUUAGAAGAGAGCUUUAACAAGUGAGCGCUCAGUAAAUACGGGCUACUAGUAGGUUUUACAGACGUAGCUAAUAGGUGGCACAACUUGGGAUUUGAACCCAGAACCACCUGUCUUUAAUGGCUGCCUCUUCGCAGCCUGAUACCUCCAAAAUCCAAAGGAUUCUCAGCUUUAGCGAAGUGCACUCAUCGCUCACGUGAGUAAACUGAGGUCCAGCUGGGGAAGGGUUUCUUAGUAAUCACUACCACCCAAGACCACUCAUUCUUUUCUAACUUUCCUGACGUCUUGUUUCCCUUGCCUCGUUCAUUCGUUCGUUCAUUCGUUCAUUCAUCCAUUCAUUCAUUCAUCCAUUCUAGGUCCUGCCCCCAAAGAAUCUUGGUCUAGGGGUUAUGCCGAUCCAGUUAGACCUCAGAGCUUGAUAUAUAUAUGAACAGGGCAUCUGGCAGGAAGGCACUCGAGUCCAAAUAUCCACCUCACCAGGGUGCUCACUGUUCACCCCCCAGCCUCAUUAACUCAGCUCAGUUUAAGAGCGCGGGACCUGGAGCCGCGGCCUGGAUUCAAAUGCCUGCCUCACCACUUCGCUGGAUGACCUGGGAAAGUGACUUUUUGUGUAUGUGCGUGCCUCUGUUUUCUCAUCUGUAAAAUAGGGGUCCCAGGAGGCUUUAAGGAAGUAAUCUGUCUAGAGUCUUUAGCCAAUGGUCUGGCAAGCAAUAAACUUAAUAAAUGAUUUCUUAUAAUUAAUCUUUGCAACUGUCCCAGGAAUGAACACUGUGUUCCCCAUUUAAUAGAUUAAUAAAAUGAAGCUCAGAGUACAGUCUCUUGCCUGAGGUCACACAGCUAUAAAGUGUAACUAGGAAGUGUAGCAUGCCGCAUUUGAACCCCAGUCUCUUUGGCUCCAAAACUACAGUCAGUCGUGGGAAAGGAUUGCUCUAACCACUCCACCCCGGAGAAAACGUCAAGAAUAUUAAUCUGUAAAACCCAAGCCUGGGAGAGGGGCUUCGGUGCGCGGGGUAAUUUGCAGACGCUCCCUGCUGGCGGGGACCACACGACCUGUCCUUCAGCCCGGGACCUUCAGCCGGUCUCGCCGCGGCCGAUUUGAGCGGUGGUGGAAGCUGAGGUGGUAACGGCAGCAGGACCCGCUGCAGUGGCUCCUGCCGAGGCGGAAGCGCCAUGUCCGAGCCACCCCCGCGGGAUGCGGAGCGCGACCUUUUCCGGGACACGUGGGUGCGGUACCUAGGUCAGUGGACUUCCUCCUGGACUCCAGCCUGCGCAAGCUCUACCCCUCAGUGGAGAAGCCCAGCUCCUCCUGACCCUACCCUGGUACUUGGCCUGUGGUUUGGCCCACUCCCUGCUCUGGUCCAACUUCUUCCUCCUGCCAGGGGAUGUGGAUGCCUGGCUCCCUGCUGUCUGAGGCCCUGGCAUCUGAGUAUGUUUGAGCCAGAUGGAAAUUGAGAGACAAAGGCCUCAAAGAAUGGCAGCUGCUGUGACUCACAGAAAGGGAGACCUGAACCCCAUCUGCUUCCAUGGAAUCCGUGAUACUGAGGGGGAGUGGACCUGUCUUUUGACAAGAAAGUAACAUCCUCCCAUGGAGAAUACAGAAGCCCAGAUAGGGCAAGGAAUAUAGCCAAGAUCACUUCGCAAGCUGGAGCCCCAGGAGCCCCAGGAGCCCCAGUGGCUUGGCGCCAUGGCAGUGUGGCUGGGCUGAGAAGCAGCAGACGCUCGGAGAAAUGCCGGAGAAAUGUAGUUGCGGGCACCCUGAGGACUGAUUGUCCAGCUAGCCCAGUCCUGGUGCCAGACCUGCUCCGGCCUGGCUGGAAGGCAGGACAGCCCCCGGCCCAAUAAAUCCUCAAGAAGUUGA